AUGUUCAGUCGCGGCGCCAUCAUAUCAAUAGUAAUAAAGGGCGACUACUCCGAUUCGAGAGCGUUAAGGAUCCCCUCCCAUUCUUUUGUGUCACGGUGUGGAACACGUCUGUUUAUCACACCCGAUUCUAAACCAGAACGCCGCCUCAUAAAGAGGAAACAUCGCCUCUACAACAAGGCUAGGAAAAGUGGAAAGGAUGCUGACUGGCGUGCGUACAGAGUCCACAAAAGAGAAACCCAAAAGGCUCUCCGAACCGCAGAAUGGUCCCACUUAGAGCGUACAUUGCAGGCAGGAAUUGAGCAGAAAAACAACAAACCCUUCUGGCGAUACAUCAAGGCCAGGAAGCAGGACAACAUCGGAAUUGCUCCACUAAAAGAGGGUAACAAACUACUCAGUACAGACAAGGCAGAGGCCCUAAAUCGACAGUUUCAGUCGGUGUUCACAAAGGAUCCCCCCAAUCCGGAUCUUCCACCUCUCACCACACCCAAGUAUCCAAUUAUGAGGAACCUCAUUAUAGAUGAGAAGGGAGUUGAAAAGUUGAUCCGCGAAAUCAAAGUCAGUAAGGCUAGCGGUCCAGACAACCUUCCAAAUCGUGUCCUUCAACGGUUCUCAAUCGAACUUGCCCCGGCAAUGACCCAUAUAUCCCAACAAUCGAUUCUGACCGGUGAACUCCCUGAUGACUGGAGGAAUGCCAACAUCACUCCACUCUUUAAGACGGGUAACCGCCAUUAA